UGUUAAUUGGCCAGAUGUUCCCGGGGCAAAAAGCGCUCUGGCGUUUGCAAGAGGCGCGGCGCGGCUAGUCCGGAGUGAAUCCGGAGCCAAGCGGCGGCGGCCAUGCCGUGGUCCGAGUGGAGCCUCGGAGCAGAAGGCUUCUUGCUAGCAGAUCGCAGAAUGCGCUACAGGUGAAUAAAACAGAGACAGAAGAGAAGCAGUGGCCAGCCAGAUGUCCUAGAGAUUGAAGGAAGAGACCAAGUGACGUGAUUGGACGCAAAACUCUUAAGAUACGUGGCUUUAGGACAUCCUAGCAAAAGAAAAUGGCCCAGCCCACUCAUCUGAACCACAAUCUCCCAGGUGAUAAGAAAUAUGCAGAUCUGGGUGGCCCAUUCUUGUACCGCAACCAGGAUCGGGAUGGAGAGAAGGCCUCCUACUCCUUGGAGACCCCCUAUGGCUUCACGUUGGAUCUAGAUUUCCUCAAGUACGUAGAUGAUAUCGAGAGUGGCCAAACCCUCCGGAAGAUUCCGCUGAACCGGAAGGCCAAGGGGCCAAAGCAGGCGCUGGACUUUUCUCGUAGCCAAACCGGUGGCUGGACGUCCACUGAGUCUCUCUCCUCCACAACCAGCGAAGAUGGGAAGCCCGUUUUUUCCCCAAGGCCCAGAAUAUGGGCCAGUUCUUCAGAGCCUGCAAGCAAACAGGCCUCCCUCCCCAUGUCCCCAGCCCCAAUCAUCCAUCUUCUCCCACCUCCAUGUCCCAAAUCCCUGUUGAGGAACACACAGGUGGAAAAAACUUUGUUGGAGACAAGCAAGCGCUUGGAACGAGAGCAGCUUGACAUACUCGAGGCGGGAACAGCCACGACCACCACCAAGACCCCCAGGAGCCCAUCCAAAGUUGCUUCGUCCCCCUCAUUUUCACAAAACCUCUCUCCUUCCUGUAUCCAGCUGACAGGAGAAAGUCAAGUGGACCUCAGCCUUCCUCAUGUCAAAAUGAGUCCUUCCAAUUCAGGAAGGAGUACUCCAGCCACAGGAGUCACCCCCGGACAUCUCUAUCAUGUCCGUGACCAGAUGGCAGCUGCUCUCAAGCAACUGAAGGAGCUGGAAGAGCAAGUGAAGACAAUCCCUGCUUUGGAAAUGAAGAUCUGUCGGUUGAAGAAGGAGAGGGAGCAGCUGGUGGCCGGCUUGUGGGAAAAAUCCCAAGCAGGUGACGCCUUCACCUUUGAUUUCCCGCCAAGAUCUCCCAGCGAGGAGGCCGCCGCCAACCCAAGCCUGGAAGACAGCCGCGAGGCCGACAAGCCUUCAAAAGAGAGGAUGAGUAAAAUUGCCGAGUUAAAGAAACUGACAGAGAAAUUGUCAGCUUCAGAGAAGACCACGAAGGCGAACAAAGGGGCGGGACCUCUUUCAAGAGCUGAAGAAGACACCCACAGAUCAGUUGGGGUUGGAGAGGAGAUUGACAUGGGAGAGGCGGUUUUCUACUACCGGUGCCAAAGGCCGUGUCAGGAGGUAGCUGUUGGGUGGCAGACGGAGACCAAAGAUGCUGAGGUGUGGGUCAUGGAGUCUUUGCUAGGUGUGUCGGCCGAGACAGAGCAGGAAAUUGGGCUCCUUCAAGAGACGGUUCAGCACCAGCAGGAGGUCAUCUCCAUGCUAGAGGAACACCUGAAAGAGGCUGCGGAGGAGCUGGAGGAGCUAAGAGUGGCGGUUUGUUCAAGGAUGCCAAAACACCUGGUCAGCAAAGAAACCAUGGCCCAGCCAGAGACUGUGGAGGUGUCUUUAGAGGCAGUUCCCGCAACUCAAAGUCAGGCUGUGGGUGACCAUAUAGAAAUGACAGACAAGAGUGUCUUCUGCUCUCCUCAGGUGGCUUGUGUCGGGGUGGGCUGCCAUUUGGAGCAAGAAGACCUCCUGUCCGUCAAAAGGAGUCAAGCCACGCAAAUGGAUUUGAUGGGGGAAAGCGAAGUCCCAGAGCAGAGCCAUGACUCUGCUGUGGCAGAACCAGACCAACAGGGAGAUGCACCUGUGCCAAAAGAUGAGGAAGUCAGCAACCGAACAGUCACCGAGGAGUGUGAAGUUCCUCCCUUCGAGACAGAUAUUGUGGGAGUGGAUCCUGAAUUGCAUUUGCAGAUUGCUGCAACUGAGGAGGAAACUGCACAAGGGGCGUCUGACCACAGAUCCACAGGAAGAACAGAGACUGGAGUCCUCAAAUCUAUCAUGAAGAAGCGAGAUGGUGACUCCAAAGCUGAGGCAGGAAGUGGCAAGAAGAGUCUCCAGUUUGUGGGGUUACUGAAUGGCGACAGGUAUGAGAGCACAUCUAGUGAGGAAGAAGAAGAGGAGGAGGACCAGUCCCCCGAGAAGGGCUCACCCCUCACCUCUGACAGUGAGGUGGCUGUCAGCACUGACACAUCAGAUGAGGAGGUCAUAGCCAGCCUCAGGGACAGCGACUCAGAGAGUCCUCUUCCGGUUGCGGCAGCACAAGACGAAACCCAGCAGUGUUGUGAUCGAGAGAAAGUGGCAGAGGAAGAUGCCACCCUGGAAGUGAAAGAGAAAUUUGAACUAAGUCCCCAGAUGAGAGAGGCCUGCCUGGUGGUAAAGAGCCAUCUUGGCCACGGUGGAGGUGGAGCAAAGUCCAGAGAGGUGGUAACCAGCACCAGCCUCAUCCUGCAGGAAUGGUUUCGCGUGUCCAGCCAAAAAUCUUCACAGGCCAGCCAGGUGGCUGAGCACCUGUUAGCCUUUGCUGAAAUCUCACCAGUGAUUCUGACCCACGUUGUCAACCUGUCAGAUGGGAACGGAAACACGGCUCUGCACUACAGUGUCUCUCAUUCCAACUUUGAUAUUGUCCAGCUUUUGCUCAACACAGGGGUCUGCAACGUCAAUCAUCAAAACAAAGCUGGCUACACGGCCCUCAUGUUAGCUGCCUUGGCAUCAGUGGAGCAGGAAGAAGACAUGGCCGUCGUUCGGAGACUGUUUGCCCAGGGCAAUGUUAAUGCAAAAGCGAGCCAAGCAGGCCAGACUGCUCUUAUGCUUGCAGUGAGCCAUGGCAGGCAGGAGAUGGUGGAGGCCCUGCUGGUUUGUGGAGCAGACAUCAACCUCCAAGACGAGGAAGGCUCCACAGCCCUCAUGUGUGCUUGCGAGCACGGUCGGGCAGGCACAGUGCGGCUUCUCUUGUCUCAGUCAAGUUGUGAUGUGUCCAUCGUGGAUAACGACGGCAAUGAUGCAGUUUCGAUUGCUCUGGAGGCUGGACACCAAGACAUAGCAACAAUGAUAUCCACUCACCUCACAAAGUCAGCAACUCAGUCACCAGACCAGAACGGAAAGAAGAGCCCAAGAAAGCAACUCUAGGACCUGGAUUGCAUGGAAGGACCCAGUCCACAGUAGUUCUACAUGACAACCACUCCUGUCCUACACUUCCUGUGUGCGUCGUCUAUCUUGUACAGUUCAAGGGACCAGGUUUAAACUCUGGCAUCUCGGUCAGUUUGAUCCUUCCUUGGAAGGGGGAGACGUAUAGUGACUAGAAUCCUUGACCAAAUUUGAGUAUUGACUUCCAGAGCACUAGAGGUAAUCAUCAUCAGCCUUGUUCUCACUAAAGUGGGUGGGGGUUGACUUUACGGCUGGGCCCUGCCAAUUCACACAAGAUUCCAGAGGGAUUGCUGUGGUAAGCCUAUUGCAGCAAAAAUAAAGUCCUGUGGUACAUGCUUUUUGUGGACCAGAACCAACUUCCUCCAAAGAAAUGGGCUGUAGACUACAAGUUACUUUGAAGAUUUGAGUAAUGUUCAAGGUGAUCCAGAAUUCCCCUACGAAUGAGUGUAUUUCCUCAACUUAAGAUCAACAUGCUGGACUUCUCUCAGACAUUACUGAUUUUCCAUCUUAGUGAGAACUAGAAGCAUGUCUGUAGUACUUUAAGGAGAGUUCUAUCCUUUGACCCUCUCUUACUUUGCAUGUAUGAUAGCUUUCUACCCCCUUCUCACAUGGGAGGAGGGGUAAAUCACUCCUACCCCUUUUUACUCGCAGUAUUGCUGUCUCGGGAAAGGGAGACAGACACCUCCCUUCGUAAGUGAAGGACCCUAUUUCUCAUCCACAGCCCUACACCAUUUUGUUGUUUUUUAUCCAGCCCAGGACUUUUGUGUACAACACUUGUUUUAAUAAUGGUAUUAAAAUGUUAUCUUGGCAAAAUAAAGAGCAAAUCACUUCUAA